UCGAACAAUGUACACCUCCCACCUCGCUUGCGUUAGUCUUAUCUGCCUUCUCUCAGCUCUGCUGUGCAAACGGACUCCACGUCCUUUGACUGUAGCCAUGAGCGUGAAGGCCCUUCUGCUGUUUCUCACCGCAUGUGUGGUCAGUGGAGAACAUCUUCCCAUGGCCUUAUGGCAGUUUGGGAAGAUGAUCAGUUGUGCCCAGCCUGGUGUUAAUCCUCUGGUUUACAACGAAUACGGCUGCUGGUGCGGAUUAGGCGGGUCUGGAACGCCGGUGGAUGACGUGGACCGGUGCUGUGAAGCCCAUGAUAAAUGCUACAAAAACAGCAGAAAGAUUCCUGGAUGCGAGGGUGUUUUUGACCUUCCCCACAUUAUCAUUUAUGGCUUCAGCUGCUCAAACAGACAGGUGUACUGCUCAGCAGCCAAUGAUAAGUGUGAGGCUGCAGUCUGCGAGUGCGACCGUGUGGCGGCUCACUGCUUUGCUCGGUACCCUUACGAUCCUGACAACAAGCACCUGGAUCCUCAGCUCUGUGUCAGCUGAGUCACAGCACACAGAGCACGACGUGAGCAGCACAGCCAACCUCCAACUCUGAUGAGUUUCUAGUUAGUGAACGUGAAAUAAAAGGCAUUUGAUCUGCUCACGUUCUGUCA